UUGCUGCAUCCCGGCUAGAAUAUCCUGGCCAUCCCUUACAUGCGGGUAUAUUCACGCUCUUGCAUGCCUACCCACCAAGUAUACGGCCGUACACGAAAGAUGACUGUCUGCUCCCGCGACCGGCCGGCCGACAAGGUGACCUCGACAACACACCAUCGACACCAACGCGAUGGACGUGUUCCGCGUCCGACUGAACUGCAUAGACCAUUACCAAGCCGCGCCGACUCGAUAUGAUCCGCCGCUGCGCAGAGAUGCGCACCUCACGGAGGCUGCCAAGCAGCCCAAGGUCCCUGUCAUUCGCGUCUUCGGAUCGACCGAGACCGGGCAGAAGGUGUGCGCUCACAUCCAUGGGGCCUUCCCUUACCUGUACAUCGAGUAUGGCGGACCCCUGGACAAAGCCACAGUCUCCGAGUACAUCUACCGGCUGCAUUUGUCGAUUGACCACGCUCUGGCCGUGAGCUACCGCAGGGACCAGUACCGCGAUCGCCAGAGUUUUGUCGCUCGCAUCACCCUCGUCAAAGGCGUGCCCUUCUACGGCUUCUACGUUGGUUACCGCUUUUACCUGAAGAUCUACAUGCUCAACCCGGUCGUCAUGACCCGUCUGGCCGAUCUGCUGCAGCAAGGUCUCAUCAUGGGCCGCAAGUUCCAGCCCUACGAGGCUCAUCUGCAGUAUCUGCUGCAAUUCAUGACCGAUUACAACUUGUACGGCUGUGACUACCUCGAUGCCGGCAAAGUGAGGUUUCGGGCCCCUGUCCCGGACCCUGCUGGGCCGGAUGAGGCACCGCGGAUUUGGGACAGCAACACAAUCCCCCCCGAGAGCAUCACGGAUGAAUAUGGCCUCCCACGAGUCAGCCAUUGCUCCAUUGAGGUGGACAUCUGUGUCCAGGACAUCUUGAAUCGCAAGGCCGUGAAGGAACGACGAUUGCAUCACGACUUUGUCGAACGCACACAUCCCAUCCCACCUGAUUUGAAGCUUGUCCACAGCAUGGCCGGGUUGUGGAGAGAUGAGACCAAGCGAAGGAAAAGGCGUAUGCUCAAGUCCGACGCUGGCGACAGCCCGUUUCCCAAGGAGGCCUUGGUUUCCAUGUCUGCGGAUCUCCGGGCUUCCCAACCACCGGGCUGGAUCCACGAGGAAGAGUACCGGGAGCAGGUCCGGCUGUUGAUCGAACAGGAGAGCAUGCAAGAUGGUGCAGAGCUUACCUUUUCCAACUACAUCGAGCCGGAUCCGAACGGAGAGUCCGUGCGGACAGCCCUCCAGUCCGUUGAGGAUUUGUUUCCCGAGAACCUGCUACCAGCCUUGGGUCUCGAGCAGCAACUGGUUUCGGAGCCUUCAAAUGUGGCCAGCAGUAUACAAGUCGAUGAGAAGGGGAUUCUUGAGCUCGAGGUUUCCGAGGAAGAGGAACAGCUUUCCCCUGAUGAUUCAGACGAUGAUUUGAAUUCAGACGAAGUCUUGAACCAGAACGGAGCCGCAGCUGGUGUAAGGGGCCAGUUGGUGCAAAAACAACCCCCUACUCACCCGGUCGUCAGUGGAGCAGAACCUCCCGCCGACGCCUAUUCAGAUGAGCAGCCGCGGAAGCUAGUUGCUGAUCUCAAGCGGACAAUAAAUGGCCUUCGCGGCGGUUUUGGCGUCAGCGGCCUGCGCUCUGGCAAGAGACCGUCCAUCCCUCUGCCCGCUUCACUCUGCUCUGAGGCGGCGUUUUUGGCGCUCACAUCAAAACCCAAUGUGGAUACUCAGCCUUCCGAGACUGCGGAACUCAAUGACCUAAAGCGCCCGGCACCCGCCCCCGAGACCGAUGUGCCUUCUAAGAGACCGAAGCGCGAUCCUCAGAGCCCAGCUUCCGGGUCAGCGCGUGCCGAGCCCGCCCCCCUCAACUCGGAUCGGCCCGCCAGCGAGUCGACGGCGGGCGAGCAGAAGAGUACGCCUACCAGACCACCGCAGUCAUUGUCGCAACGAAGAAAGGCUGUUUCAAAGGGGAGCUCCGCAAAGCUGGUUGGGAACCAAACCCUCAGCUUUCCUGUUGUCAAGGAUGCCCACGACCCCGACACAGUUCUGAGGCUCACCCAGCGGAGCGCUUCUCAGCGGAGCGACGGUGGCGCGAGGGGUGGCACGGCGAGAAAGCAAGUGUCCUUCGAUCCCUUGGUUUCCGUUCAGGAAGUGAAUCUUGGUUCCAAAACAACAUCCACGUCUCGAACGACGGAGUCUCCGCCGCCAAAGUGGCCUCCCACACCCAGGAGGGCGGAUCUUCACUGGAAUGGCCACACCACGAUGUUCCUAGUCAACAGCAAGCCACCGUCCGUGCAAGAUGUGCGCUCAACUUUGCAGGCUUACGGGCUCCCUGAUGUCCUCUACCAGGACUGUUUUUACAGCAACGACAAUGACGUGCCGCCACGGCCGAGGGAAUAUGCGGGGAGGGAAUAUCGACUUGACGGCAACACGGUGCCGUACCUUCCUGACUUUGACCCGUCGGGUCAGUCACCGGCCGCGUUUGGUGUAAAACCGGAGCAAGCCCCAGAUCUAUCGGAGCUGGAGUCGGCCUACGAAAAGCAGCAAACUCAGUGCACCCUACGAAGCUGGGAGAUCGCCGAGCCGCCGCCCACAUUUGCAGAAGUGAGCAGGUGGUGGACCCAGAAGAAGAAAGGAAAGGCUCACAAGACUAGCUCUGUCCGACUUCCGCCUGGGACACAAGGACCAAAGACGGAGUUCUCUCAGAUCGCUGGGCCAACGCCGAAGAACACGCAUGGCUUCAAGUACUCGCAGAAACAGAAGUCCACCAGCGUGCAGCACGAAGCACAAUACAUGAGCACCAUGAGCCUGGAAAUCCACGUCAACACAAGAGGAAAGCUUGUCCCAAACCCCGAGGAAGAUGAAGUCCAGUGCAUCUUCUGGUGCCUGAGAUCUGACGAGAUGUGUCUGUACGGCAGCCAGUCUACCGAUGACACCAUAUCCGGGGUGAUCGUCCUGUCGGAAGACGGCUCCCGUGCCCGUCAGAUACGCAGCCAGACCUCUGUGGAAGUGGUGGAAGAGACUUCGGAGCUGGACCUCAUGACCAAAAUGGUCGAUAUAGUGCGGGCCCAUGACCCGGACAUUCUUACCGGUUACGAGGUCCACGGCAGCUCCUGGGGCUAUUUGAUUGAGCGGGCCAUGCACAAGUACGACUACGACUUGUGCAAUGAGUUCUCUCGGAUGAAGUCUGCGUCUUUUGGCAGGUCCGGCAGGGAGGCCGACCGCUGGGGUUUCCAGAAGACAUCCAUGCUCCACGUGACGGGCAGGCACGUCAUCAAUGUCUGGAGGGCUAUGCGCGGCGAGCUCAAUCUCCUCCAGUACAGCAUGGAAAACGUCGUUUGGCAUCUGCUGCAUCGCCGCAUUCCGCAUUACUCGUGGCGGACGUUGACGGACUGGUACUUGAGUGGACGGCCUGGGGACCUCAGCAAAGUCCUCCGCUAUUAUCUCAGGAGAACGCGCCUGGACAUUGAGAUAUUGGAGGCGAACGAGCUGAUCCCGCGAACGAGCGAGCAGGCCAGGCUCCUCGGCGUGGAUUUCUUCUCAGUCUUCUCGAGGGGCUCGCAGUUCAAAGUCGAGUCCAUCAUGUUCCGGAUCGCCAAGCCCGAGAACUUUCUCUUGAUCUCACCCAGCAGAAAGCAGGUUGGCGCGCAGAAUGCCCUGGAGUGCCUGCCGCUGGUGAUGGAGCCGCAGAGUGCCUUUUACACCAGCCCGGUAUUGGUGCUUGACUUCCAGAGCCUGUACCCCAGCGUCAUGAUUGCAUACAACUAUUGCUAUUCGACAUGCCUUGGCCGCAUCGUCAGCUGGCGCGGCACGAACAAGCUGGGCUUCACCGAGUACAAGCGGAGGGAAGGUCUGCUGCGGCUCCUGAAAGAUUACAUCAACAUUGCCCCGAACGGCAUCAUGUACACCAAGCCGGAGAUCCGGAAGUCUCUACUCGCGAAGAUGCUCACCGAGAUCCUCGAGACUCGGGUGAUGGUCAAGAGCGGCAUGAAGGAGGACAAGGACGACAAGACUCUGCAGAAGCUUCUCCACAACCGGCAGCUGGCUCUCAAGCUGCUUGCCAACGUCACAUACGGGUACACAUCGGCCUCGUUUUCGGGCAGAAUGCCCUGCUCCGAAAUCGCCGACAGCAUCGUGCAGACGGGGCGCGAGACUCUCGAGAGAGCGAUCGCCUACAUACACUCGGUCGAGCGCUGGAAUGCCGAGGUGGUCUACGGCGACACGGACAGCCUUUUCGUCUACCUCAAGGGCCGCACGCGGGAGCAGGCGUUCGAGAUCGGUGCCGAGAUGGCCGAAGAAAUUACCAAGAUGAACCCGCGGCCGGUGAAGCUGAAGUUCGAAAAGGUGUACCACCCAUGCGUCCUGCUGGCCAAGAAGCGCUACGUGGGCUACAAGUACGAAAGCCGCGAGCAGACCGUGCCAGAGUUUGACGCGAAGGGCAUCGAGACUGUCCGGCGCGACGGGACACCGGCUGAUCAGAAGAUCGAGGAGAAGGCGCUCAAGAUCUUGUUCGAGACGGCCGAUCUCAGCCAAGUCAAGGAGUACUUCCAGUCGCAGUGCUCCAAAAUUAUGCGCGGGUCCGUCUCAGUCCAGGACUUUUGCUUUGCGAGGGAGGUCAAGCUCGGCACCUACAGCGGCAAAGGCCCAGGCCCUCCGGGGGCGCUGAUCAGCACCAAGCGCAUGCUCGAAGAUGCCCGGGCAGAGCCGCAGUAUGGCGAGCGCGUUCCCUACGUCGUCAUCUCGGGCGCACCGGGCGCGCGCCUGAUCGACCGGUGUGUUUCCCCGGAGGACCUGCUCAACAACCCGCACGCGUCGCUGGACGCCGAAUACUACAUCUCCAAGAACAUCAUCCCCCCGCUCGAGCGCAUCUUCAACCUCGUCGGCGCCAACGUGCGCGCCUGGUACGACGAGAUGCCCAAGGUCCAACACGUCCGCCGCCUCGAGACGACCUCGGCGCUGUCGGCUCUCACAGCCCUCGCCGCCAACAGCAGCAACAACAACAACAACACGACGAACAAAAAGACUCUCGAGUUCUUCAUGAACUCGGCCUCGUGCAUAGCCUGCGGCGUGAAGAUGGCCAAGCCCCCCAUCGCCGCCGCCGCCGCCGCCGCCGAUGCUCACGAUGAUCAUCAUCUCCGCCCCCUGUGCAGCCGGUGCGCCUCGGACCCGGCCACGACCAUGGCGCAGCUGCAGGCGCGGCUGAACGCCGAAGAGCGCAAGUACGCCGACGUGGUGCGGGUGUGCCAGAGCUGCGCCGGGUUCGCGCCGCUCGAGCGCGACGUGCCGUGCGACAGCCGGGACUGCCCGGUGUUCUACACGCGCGUGAAGCAGCGGGCGCGGGUCGCGGCCGAUCGGGCGGUUGUUGUGCCGCUUCUGAGGGCGUUGGGGGCGGAGGGAAGAGGGAACGGGGGGUUGGAUUGGUGAAUGAAUUGGGCCAGGGACCGUGAUUUUUUGGAGGCGAAGAUUGGUUGUCGCGGAGCAAGCGAUGCGGUUGGGUUAGGGGGGUUAUCGCUCGGUGUCAGGUAAUGACCAGGAGUUGGGUAUGUGUACGGAAUAUGUAUAUGACUGCAUGGUUGAUGAAUUGCAUGAGCAGCGCAUUGGGGAUGGAGCCAGAUUACGAUGAAUUCAUUGACCUUACUGAGAUGGUUCUGUUGGAGAAUACAAAGUAGUUACGGCGUACUGUACAAGACGGGUCGUGAAGGUUUCGAGAUUCUGCUCGCAUUCUCUCGUUA